AUGGAGGUUAUGAAAGCUUCAUCUGUAAUUAAGUCCAAUGCUUCGGGUAUGUUGAGCUUGCAGACCCAAAAGAAAAAGGUAAGUUUGAGGAAAAAGUAUACGCGGAGCUGCAUCAAAGCAAGGUAUGGAGAUUAUGACUGUAGCGAAGGGCCCAACAUGGUAGAUGCAAAUAUGUCCGUUCUGAGACAGCGAGUAUACGAGCUCAAGUUGCAGGAAAGCUGUUACCACCCUUCUCAGGAAUGGAUGGAAUGGGAGAAAAACAUGCUUCCUCAUUAUCACUCCACUAUAUCUCAAGCAACCGGAAUUUUGCAGUGGUAUUUAAUGAGUACUAGGCCCAGCAUUGCUUUGGCUGCUUUGAGUCUGGUGUUAACGGGCGUAGGCACCUCACUUAGUUUCAGUUUGCUUAUGGUGUGGAGUAAUAUCGAUAUAUUUCUCCACAGUUUAUGA